AUGAAAAAAAUCAACCGCGUCUUUGGAUCUUUACGAUCUGUGUCAAACCUGGUUGCUGUGCCUCCUCCGGUCUCUGCUCGCCCACCUUUAGCGGCUUUGUCCAAUGGUAACCUGCUGAGAUCCUUGCUCAUCGCUGGAGUCUCGUCCAAGAGGGUUCUGCUUAUACCUUGCCUCAAAAUCUUAUCUUUUCUCUCACAACCGGAACGAGGCUACCUCUUUAACGCCGAAAAGAAUCCUAUACUUCAUGCAAUACUCAAGAAGACAUUCUACAAUCAGUUUUGCGCUGGCGAGACACCAUGGGAGACCAAACAAUGUGUCCGCCGUCUUAAGGACCUCGGGUUUAGUGGUGUCAUUCUUACAUAUGCUCGCGAGACAGUCUUUGACCAUCGUUCCGACAAAGUAGGCAUACAAGGUGUUUCAAAGCCUCAUAAUGCGCGUCUGCCUCAUCCUGUCUUUUGCAAGCAUAUUGAAGAGUGGCGGAAUGGAACGCUUGAAACCAUGAAGCUGGUUGAGAAGGGAGACUAUCUCGCCCUGAAAUUGAGCGGGGCGGGCCCGAGUGUCACUGAAGCCUUCGCCAUGGGGCGGCCAGCGCCAGAACAAUUCACCGAUGCUCUGGAAGAGAUCUGCGCUAAGAGCAAGACAAGUUCGAUCAGAGUCAUUGUUGAUGCUGAGUCUCAGCACUUCCAGAAGGGCAUCGCUGCAGCCACACUUGAGGCUAUGCGCAAGUUCAACCGCGACGGUUCCGCCGUCGUCUACAACACAUAUCAAGCAUACUUGAAGCGCACGCCGGACGUGCUCGCACAGCACCUCGAGGCAGCCAGUAAGGACGGCUUCACUCUCGGCCUCAAGCUGGUCCGCGGCGCCUAUAUACUCUCUGAUGACCGUUCCUUGAUUCACGACACCAAGCAGGAAACAGACAAUGCAUACAACCGCAUCGCCAGGGGAGCCCUCCAGCAGCACAUUGGUGAUUUUGGAGCCGAAGGCCGCAAGCCGUUCCCCUCGGUGAACCUCUUUCUGGCCAGCCACAAUAGGGAGAGUGUCCUCGGUGCUCACAGACUGCACCAGGAACGGACAAAGAAGGGCUUGCCUACCGUGCCCGUCGGCUUCGGCCAGCUACACGGAAUGUCAGACGAGGUGAGCUUCUCGCUGCUUGCAGAGAGGUCUGGGCCCGAGACAGGCCCAGAGGUCUUCAAGUGCUCUACCUGGGGCAGCAUGGGCGAGUGCCUGGGCUACCUGCUUCGGAGAGCGGUUGAGAACCGCGAUGCGGUGAUACGGACGACCGAUGAGUACACAGCACUUAAGUCUGAGGCAUGGAGGAGACUCAGAUCUGGAUCCUCAUCUUCGAUCUAA